UGUACUAGUAUGUUGCCUUCCGCUCUGACGCGCGGUAUGCGAUCCGAUUGUUUUAACCGCAGCCAUGCAGUACGUUUUAUUAAGGUGCAGUGCGGGUCUCGCCUGUCCGCUUGUCCGCCGGGGUCCGUCGAGGCGGUCUUCGCUGCGAAGGGCCGAGGCGCCCGGCGGCCAGAGGUGCAGGCCGGACCUUGCCGCCCACGGAGGGCAAGAGCCCGUUACAUGUCUGCUUCAGCAUGUAUUUUUUGAAAUCCCCCGCGAGGCGGGAGUUAGAAGGGGGAGGGGGGAGGAGACCGUGCCGUGCUCUUGUCCGAAGGCAGGAGAUUUUAGUGGCGUCGCUGUUUUGAUUCGAGUGCCACCGCCAACUUCAGACCAUGUUCGGACGCGCGGAAGAAGCGCUCGCCCUGUUGCAGCCAGGCGGCCAAUGUCAGCCCUCUUGCGCCGCCUUGGCAGCAAAUCCUCGCGGACAAUCAGUGCGCAUUUUUCCCCCCGCUGCUGCGCUGGCAAGCUGUCAAGUGAGCGACGGGGAAACACGGGGUCGACCGUGCGGACGUCUCCACGCAAGCUGCCCGCGCAAGGCCGCGCGCGAGCGCCCGCCUUCCUGCGUGGCGUGCCGCGCUGGCGGCCCCCGUUAGCCACCGCGUGGGGUCGUUGUGCCAUCUCGCGUACAGGGACCCUUCCUUUCGGAGGAGUCUUACGUCCCCCUGAUCCUUGCCUGUCGCUCAGAGGGCUCCGAGCCCGAGUCCUCGCCUCCCCCCCUGUGGCGAUCGCGAGGGAGCCGCCGCGCGCCCUCUCCCCCUGGCGCGCUCUGCUUCGAGGUGGGCGGCUUUUCAACGCGCGCGCCGGACGCGAGGGGCGCGGGGCGGCACCUGGCAGGGGGGCAGGAAGCCAGGACCAGACCAUCCAGGGAAGCUGGUCUGGCCAGGCCUCCUCCCCCGCGUUCCUUACCGAGCGGGCGGCGCCGGACGGCCGCCGAGGGCAGGCUGGCUCCGUGCGUUCAGGCUGGGCUGUCGUCCGAGAGUUCCAGCGCCCCAGCGGAAUGCCGCUCGCCCUGCGACGCCGCCAUGCGCCGGGGGCCGGCGGCUGGGCUUGGCUAUCGGCGGUCGCGUCCGCGCAUUUGGGGAGUCCCCCCACGCGGGCUCGCUGGACAAAAGAGGCCGCGGGUGCACGGACGGGAAGAGGGGAAGGUAGUGCCGCGAUCGCCAGCGCCGGGUCACCUCGGUGACCCUGCCGUGCGUCGAGUCGUGGCCUCCCUCCCGAUCAGCUUGUGCGUGGCGCCAGGGCGCACUUGCAAAG